AUGUUCUUCACAUCCGUCGGCUUCGCUUUCAGCUUGCUUCUCACCCUCGUGCAGGGCCAACUUCUCACAGGAGGCAUAGGCUCCGCCGAGGGCUGCGCCGUGACGCUGGACUCAGAGCCCGGCUUGCUGCACCUGCUUCAGGCGGCUGUCGCUCGUGGAUCACCUGCCUCUAGGGCAAAGGCCAUUGGCCCUGUGUCCCUCGUGUCGACACAGAGAUCAGAAGCAAGCUCUGGCCUAGUGGCCAUUAUGGAGAAAGCCAGUGCCGGGCAGUGGAGUUUGUACAAGGAGGUGGUCCAAGACAACAUUGCUGGCGGUGCAUGGCAGGCCCUGAUCUUCACCACCAUCUUUCUAGCAUCGGUCUUUGGAUUGUACUGGAUGGCAUGCAUCCCCAGCGAGGACAAGCAUGACGGAAGAGAUCACAGAAUGCUGGCGGGAAGGCAGCAUGGAAAUGCUGGACAACUGCUCUCAGGCAGACAGAUGUAUCCUGCGAUGUCUCAGCGCCCAACCCUUGAAGCCGGCUCCGUGCGCUCGCUGAACCCGCUGAAUCCACCUUCGUCAAUGAGAUUGAGUUUGACCGCGCGUAAGUCCACAGGCGACAACUGGUACCCGGAGCUGCCUACUAUCUACCCGCCUCUUGUGAUUCCAGCCGCACAUACACGGCUGGCAGUGCCGGUCUCGCCGCUGUUUCACGACCAGUUCGAGGUGGAUGUACUUGGAUUGUCAGGCGUACCGUUGCUCACGGCUGCGCUCACGCAGGAAAAUGGCUUGCGGAAGGUGCAGAUCUCUCUACACAGCGCAGGCACGCUUUUGGCAAUUGUGACCUCUGCCAAAGAAGUCUUUGGCAGCGACGGAACUCACUUCGGAACGUUAGUCCAGGAGGGAGACCGUCCCGAGUGCCUUCAGCAUACUCUUCGUGACCGGGCUGGGCGACCACUCCUGGCUGUCAGCACUCGUCAGGACCGCAGAGACUACAAGAUGACUUCGAUUUCCGGUGGACGUGUCCUCGAAAGGGCCACUGCGGUCCGACGGCCAGCAGGCAAACUGCCAGCUGAACACUACGAGGUUGUUGCAAACCCGAACGUCGACGCAGUGCUGGUGCUGGCCUGCUUCCUCGCCGUCGUAGUGUUCAAGUCUUCGCAGAGCUCACCGGUUGCAAGAUCUGGUGGACGACUCAGCAGAUCAGCAGAGAGCACUGGAGCCCUCCGACUGUGUAGCGUGACAAUGCUGGAAUUUGAGCGGAGUGACGAGCACUUGGCUUCACAGCGCAUGCCUCUUUACCAGCAGAUCCAGAGAGCUCUAUUGCUGACUUCCUCGUAA